GGGGGGAGAGAGAAGAAAGGGGGGGGUCUCGGAGGCCGGAGGACUUGGGUGAAGAUGGCGGCAGCCGAGGCCGCGAACUGCAUCAUGGAGAAUUUUGUAGCCACCUUGGCUAAUGGGAUGAUCCUCCAGCCGCCUCUUGAAGAAGUUUCCUGUGGUCAAGCAGAAAGCAGUGAGAAGCCCAACGCUGAGGACAUGACGUCCAAAGACUACUACUUUGACUCCUAUGCCCACUUUGGCAUCCAUGAGGAGAUGCUGAAGGAUGAGGUGCGUACCCUCACAUAUCGCAACUCCAUGUUUCACAAUCGGCACCUCUUCAAAGACAAGGUUGUGCUGGACGUGGGCUCGGGCACCGGCAUCCUCUGCAUGUUUGCUGCCAAGGCAGGAGCCCGCAAGGUCAUUGGGAUCGAAUGUUCAAGCAUCUCUGAUUAUGCUGUGAAGAUUGUCAAAGCCAACAAGUUAGACCAUGUGGUGACCAUCAUCAAGGGCAAGGUGGAGGAGGUGGAGCUGCCCGUGGAGAAAGUGGACAUCAUCAUCAGCGAGUGGAUGGGCUACUGUCUCUUCUACGAGUCCAUGCUCAACACCGUGCUGCAUGCCCGUGACAAGUGGCUGGCACCUGAUGGCCUCAUCUUCCCAGACCGGGCCACCCUUUAUGUGACAGCCAUUGAGGACCGACAGUACAAAGACUACAAGAUCCACUGGUGGGAGAAUGUAUAUGGUUUCGAUAUGUCCUGCAUCAAAGACGUGGCCAUCAAGGAGCCCUUGGUGGACGUGGUGGAUCCGAAGCAGCUGGUCACUAAUGCCUGCCUCAUAAAGGAGGUGGACAUUUAUACAGUCAAGGUAGAGGACCUGACCUUCACCUCCCCCUUCUGCCUACAAGUGAAGAGGAAUGACUACGUGCAUGCCUUGGUGGCCUACUUCAACAUCGAGUUCACCCGAUGCCACAAGAGGACCGGAUUUUCUACCAGUCCUGAGUCCCCAUACACACACUGGAAGCAGACUGUGUUCUACAUGGAGGAUUACCUAACAGUGAAGACUGGCGAGGAGAUCUUUGGCACCAUUGGCAUGAGGCCCAACGCCAAAAACAAUCGCGACUUGGACUUUACCAUCGACUUGGACUUCAAGGGCCAGCUAUGUGAGCUCUCUUGCUCCACCGACUACCGGAUGCGCUGAGGUGGCGCCAGGCUGGCCUCCUACCGAAGGGGGCUUAGGGACUGGGCUUGGGGGAUGGGAGGGUACAUCAUGACUGUGUUUUUCAUAACUUAUGUUUUUAUAUGGUUGCGUUUACGCCAAUAAAUCCUCAGCUGACCGAUCUACUUCUUACCCUGGGGCAGGGGUGGCUGGGUAGCUUGUCACUUUCUGGGAACUUGGUUGUACCUUGGGAUAGGAUUCUGGGCUAUACCUAGUCCCUGGAUCCCCAUGACCUCUUCUACCUGUCCAGGACCUUGUAAGGACAGGCCCAGCCUUCAUCCUCCCUUCCUACAACAGCUCCUGACAUUCAUCCCUUUAGCUGAGGUUGGGGGCAGCCCUCAGCAGGAGAGCUGGGACUAUUGGAACCUUCCCCUGGCUUCUAGUCAUGCUGGAUUGUGGUUUGGAAGUUAAAUCUAUGCCUCUACACCAGAGCCUGGCCUCCGUGUCCUGCCCUUCCUGUGCUGUUUCUAAAUGGGCUGGCUCACCCUUAUGCUCUCCUGAUCCACUGGUGUUUGUGGAAGUUGGGUCACCCUGGACUGGAAACAGGAACUGAGUUUGGAUCCUAUGUGUUAUGACCAAAUGGGGUUGGGUAACUAAAGCCAAACUCACUUAGCAGGCUCUAAGGAUGCCCCUGGGAGAGAGAACUUAGUGCUGGCUUUUAAUCAGGUGUACGAGGGUCCUGGGUCCUGCUACUGAGCUCUUGGUUGGCCCUGCCUCUGGGCAAUACUAGGAAAAAUGAGCCUUAGAACCUCCGCAGCUCUCCACCGUUUGCAGCAAAGAGGCUUGGGCAGCGCCCUUUCGUCUGGGUGACAGUGGGCUUGUCUGUCUUGGGGUAGACCCAAGGAACCACCGGCUCCAUUGUGGACAAAGUAUGAACGUGCAGAGUGGAAUAAAGCCAGACUUCAUUGUG